AUGAAGGCGACACUACACCUAGAAGAUGGCUCGACGUUCUCCGGAAAUAUUUUCGGAGCCACAAAAAGUGUUGUAGGAGAGAUUGUUUUUCAAACGGGAAUGGUCGGAUACGUUGAAUCGCUGACGGACCCUUCAUAUGCCAAGCAGUUCCUGACGCUUACGUAUCCCCUAAUCGGAAAUUAUGGUGUGCCGAACGCGUCGAUUCUUGACAAAUUCGGACUACCCGCCGAAUUCGAGAGCGACAAAGUCUGGCCGUCGGCGCUUAUUGUCGAAAAAUUAUGUGGCGACGGAGAGCACAGUCAUUGGCAAGCUGUCCAAUCAUUAUCGGAAUAUCUUCGAAAAGCUGAUGUUCCAUGCCUUUCCGGUAUCGAUGUUCGUCAGUUGGUCAAGAAAAUUCGAGAGACUGGAUCGAUGAAAGCCAAGCUUGUUGUUGAAACUGAUAAUCAUUCUUCGUUUGAAUUUGUUGAUGUCAAUAAGGAAAAUCUUGUGGAUUACGUUUCACGAAAGCAACCUGGCGUAUAUGGCUCUGGUGAAUCGACAAUCCUUGCCGUCGAUUGCGGAUUGAAAUACAAUCAAAUUCGGUGUUUGGCGAAACGCGGAUUCAAAGUCAAAGUGGUUCCGUGGAAUCAUCCGAUUGACGCCGAAAAAGAUUAUGACGGUCUCUUCUUGUCCAAUGGACCAGGAGACCCGGAAAUCUGUGGACCAUUGGUUGAUCGAAUCGCCAAGGUUAUCGCGAGAGGCGAGAAGCCCAUAUUUGGAAUUUGUUUGGGCCAUCAGCUCAUUUCGAGAGCGAUUGGAGCCAAAACGUAUAAAUUGAAAUACGGUAAUCGUGGACACAAUCAGCCUUGUACUCAUUAUGCUACUGGACGUUGUUUCAUUACUACUCAAAAUCAUGGAUAUGCUGUUGAUGAAUCGACAUUGCCGUCAGAUUGGAAGGCGUUGUUCACCAAUGAGAAUGACAAGACGAAUGAGGGAAUUGUGCAUAGUUCGAAGCCAAUGUUCAGCGUUCAAUUCCAUCCUGAACAUGCCGCUGGGCCGACUGAUUGCGAAUUCUUGUUCGAUAUUUUUGCUGAAGCAAUUCGACAAUCCAAAAAUGGGAUUCAAUUGAAUGUUGAUCAAGAAAUGAUCAAAAAGAUGAGCUUCACGCCGGUUUAUUAUGCUCGUGAGCAGCGAAAGGUUCUUGUUUUGGGAUCCGGUGGUCUCACAAUCGGACAGGCUGGCGAGUUUGACUACUCUGGAGCUCAAGCUCUUAAAGCUUUGAGAGAGGAGGGAAUUCGAACGGUGCUUAUAAAUCCGAAUAUUGCGACGGUGCAAACUUCGAAAGGAUUCGCGGAUUUCACGUACUUCUUGCCGAUCACCAAAGAAUAUGUUACAGAUGUUAUAAAGAAAGAGCGACCCACUGGAAUAUUGUGCACAUUUGGCGGUCAAACCGCACUCAAUUGCGCUAUUGAUUUGUACAAGGAUGGCAUUUUUGAGCAGUACAAUGUUCAAGUGUUGGGAACUCAAAUCCCGACAAUUAUGAAGACUGAGGAUCGCGAUUUGUUCAAUCGAGAAAUCGCUGCUGUCGGCGAGAAGGUUGCUCCAAGCAAAGCUGCGACAACAAUGGAGGGAGCCAUCGAGGCUGCCGAGGAGCUCGGAUAUCCGGUGCUGGUUCGAGCAGCGUAUGCUCUUGGCGGAUUGGGAUCGGGAUUUGCGAGCAACCGCGACGAGCUUAUCUCGAUUGCACAACAAGCUCUUGCUCACUCGAAUCAGGUGUUGGUUGAUAAGAGCUUGAAAGGAUGGAAAGAGGUUGAGUACGAGGUUGUGCGUGACGCUUAUGAUAAUUGCGUUACGGUGUGCAAUAUGGAAAAUGUUGAUCCGUUGGGAAUUCAUACAGGCGAAAGUGUUGUCGUCGCGCCGUCGCAGACGUUGUCUGAUAAGGAGUACAACGCUCUUCGAACCUGCGCUAUCAAGGUCAUCCGACAUCUUGGAAUCGUUGGAGAAUGUAACAUUCAAUACGCGUUGGACCCAUUCUCAUUAACAUAUUAUAUCAUUGAAGUCAACGCAAGACUUUCGCGAUCUUCCGCCUUGGCCUCCAAGGCCACCGGAUACCCGCUGGCGUAUGUUGCUGCGAAGCUAGCUCUUGGCCAGAAGCUUCCGGUGAUCCGCAACAGUGUCACGGGAACGACAACGGCGUGCUUCGAGCCGAGUUUGGAUUAUUGCGUCGUGAAAAUUCCGCGAUGGGAUCUUGGAAAGUUCGCUAGAGUUAGCACUCAUAUCGGAAGUUCGAUGAAAUCGGUUGGAGAGGUCAUGGGAAUUGGGCGUUGCUUCGAAGAAGCACUCCAGAAGGCGCUACGCAUGGUUUCGGAUUCGGCCGAUGGAUUUUCGCCAUACUCGUUCAAUCGUCCGCCGAGCGAUGAUGAUCUUGCGAAUCCCACCGACAAGCGGAUGUUCGCAUUGGCUCGUGGCAUGUACUAUGGAGAUUUCGAUGUCGAGAAGGCUUACUCGCUGACGUGCAUUGAUCGCUGGUUUUUGCAUCGAAUGUUCAAUAUCGUCGAGAUUUAUCAUCGAUUGGAGAAGGAGAAUGUGAAUAGUUUGAGCAGUGAGCUUCUUCUUGAAGCGAAACAAGCCGGAUUCUCUGAUCGACAGAUUGCCAAGAAAAUUGGAAGCAAUGAAUGGACUGUUCGCGAGCUUCGUUGCGAGCGCGGAAUCCGGCCAUGCGUUAAGCAGAUUGACACCGUCGCUGGAGAAUGGCCUGCUCAGACCAAUUAUCUUUACACAACCUUUAACGGGGUUCAGAAUGACGUUGAAUUCGACAUGAAAAAUGCUGUGAUGGUCCUCGGAUCAGGCGUCUACCGAAUCGGAUCAUCGGUCGAGUUUGAUUCGUCGUGUGUUGGAUGCAUUCGAGAGCUCAAGGCACUCGGGUAUUCAACGAUUACGGUGAAUUGCAAUCCGGAAACGGUGUCAACGGAUUAUGAUAUUUGUGAUCGACUCUACUUCGAGGAAAUCUCGUUCGAAACGGUGAUUGACGUUUAUCAUCUCGAGCAGCCGAAGGGCAUCAUUCUUGCGUUCGGAGGACAAGCGCCAAACAAUAUUGCGAUGGCGUUGAGCCGCGCGGAAGUCAAAAUAUUCGGAACGUCGCCGAAUGACGUUGACAAUGCUGAGGAUCGAUUCAAGUUCUCCAGAAAACUUGAAGCGUUGAAAAUCUCGCAGCCGAUGUGGAAGAAGAGCGAAAAUAUGGAAGAUGCGAAGGCUUUCUGUGCGCAGGUCGGCUAUCCGUGCCUCAUUCGUCCGUCGUACGUGUUGUCGGGUGCUGCCAUGAAUGUUGCGCAUAAUGCCGAGGAUUUAGAAGUGUUUCUGAAGCAAGCCACCGUUGUUGCCAAAGAGCAUCCGGUAGUGGUGAGCAAGUUCAUUAGUGAAGCCAAGGAAAUCGACGUCGAUGCUGUUGCCAUGGAUGGCCAACUUCUCGUCAUGGCAAUCAGUGAGCAUAUCGAAAACGCUGGUAUUCAUUCGGGAGACGCUACUCUCGUGACACCGGCUCAAGACAUGAACAAGGUCACCGUUGAUGGAAUCAAAAUGAUCACUCAUAAAUUGGCGGAGGCUUUCAAUGUGAAUGGUCCGUUCAAUAUGCAGCUCAUCGCGAAGGAUAACGAGCUGAAAGUGAUUGAAUGCAAUUUGCGAGUGUCGAGAUCGUUCCCAUUUGUCUCGAAAACGCUCGAUUUUGAUUUUGUGGCUCUUGCAACUCGCGCGAUGAUGGCUGAGGAUAAUCCCUCGAUUCGAACGUUCAUAAAACCAACUGGGACAUUGUUGAAAGGACGCGGACGAGUUGGUGUCAAGGUUCCGCAAUUCUCGUUCUCGCGAUUAGCUGGUGCUGAUGCGAUGCUGGGUGUCGAGAUGUCGUCGACUGGAGAAGUCGCUUGCUUCGGAAAAGAUCGUUAUGAGGCUUAUUUGAAGUCCUUGUUCUCAACGGGAUACCACGCGAAGGCAGAAAUGCUCAAAUCAGUCGAGACUUUGCAAAAGCUUGGAUUUGAGCUUUAUGGAUCUAAAGGAACUGCGGACUAUUUCCAAUCGAACAACAUCAAAGUGAAACCUGUGGAUUGGCCAUUCGAAGAAGGGUCGUCGGAUGAAAAGACGUCUAGUGGAUCUAGAUCCGUUGUCGAGUUUUUGGAGAAAAAAGAGUUCCAUUUGGUUAUAAAUCUUCCUAUACGUGGCUCUGGUGCUUAUCGAGUGUCGGCGUUCCGAACUCAUGGAUACAAGACGAGAAGAAUGGCGAUCGACAAUGGAAUUCCGUUGAUCACGGAUAUUAAGUGCGCCAAAAUUUUCAUUCAAGCUCUGAACAUGGUUGGACGUCGUCCGGCUAUGAACUCGCAAAUCGACAUGGUCACGUCGAGGACCCUCAAGCGACUUCCUGGAAUGGUUGACAUUCAUGUGCACGUCAGAGAGCCGGGAGCAACUCAUAAGGAGGAUUGGACGACGUGUACUCGAGCAGCACUCUGUGGUGGUGUCACCACUAUUUUGGCAAUGCCCAACACCAAUCCACCAUUGGUCGACGCACAAACGUUUGUUGAAGUUGAGAAGUUGGCGUCGAGCAAGGCCGUCGUUGAUUAUGCGUUGUAUCUUGGAGCCACACCACAGAACGCGGGAUUCGCUCGAGAAUUUGCUGAUCGCGCUGCUGGCUUGAAAAUGUAUCUGAAUGAGACGUUCAGCACACUGAAAAUGGACAAUAUUUCCGAUUGGUCGAAGCAUUUUUCGGCGUUCCCGCCGAAUCGUCCAAUCGUGUGCCAUGCUGAGAAGCAGACGUUGGCAGCGGUACUUUGUGUUGCUCAAAUGGCGAAUCGUGCUGUCCAUAUUUGUCAUGUUGCCACUGCUGACGAGAUUAAUCUAAUUAAGGAAGCCAAGAAGAAGGGAUGGAAGGUUACGUGUGAAGUUUGUCCGCAUCAUCUGUUCCUCACCGAAAAAGAUCUUCCGGAAGGCAUCCGAGAGGUUCGUCCGCGAUUGGUGUCUGAAGCUGAUAAGCAAGCGCUUUGGAAGAAUCUCGAGUACAUUGAUUGUUUUGCGACUGACCAUGCUCCUCACACAUGGGAAGAGAAAAAUGGAAAGAAUGGAAAGAUUCCGCCCGGAUUCCCUGGUGUUGAGUACAUGCUUCCAUUGCUGCUCACUGCUGUUCAUGAUGGGCGACUAACAUUGAAGGAUGUUACUGAUCGAUUGUCAACGAAUCCGAGAAGAAUCUUCAAUUUGCCGCAGCUAGACGAUACCUACAUUGAAGUGGAUUUGAAUGAAGAGUGGACAAUUCCGAAUAAUGGAGGUGAAAGUAAGGCGCAGUGGACGCCGUUUGCGGGCCAGAAAGUUCGGGGACGAGUUCAUAACGUGGUAAUCAGAGGGGAAGAAGCGUUUGUUGAUGGAAGAAUUGUUGUCAAACCGGGAUUCGGUAAGAAUGUUCGCGCUGCUCUACCAACAAUCACCACCACUGAUGUUGAUGAUGUCGAGGCGUUGGGUGAUCUCAAAACAUUGGAGGGCAGCAACAGCAGCAGCAGCGAUGAGCAAAGUCCGUUGCACACGCCGCCGAGAUCCCACACGCCGAUUGGGUAUCCGUACGAAUUGACGUCGAAGAAUUGCAUCAGUGUUCGGGAUUACGACAAAUCUCAGAUCAAUCGCAUUUUUGAACUUGCUGAUCGCUACAAGCAUUCGGUUGAACGUCAACAUCCACUGAAUCAUAUUCUUCAAGGAAACGUGCUUGUUAAUUUGUUCUAUGAGGUCUCGACGCGAACGGCGUGUUCGUUUGCAGCGGCAAUGCAGAGACUGGGAGGAAGUGUGAUUUCGGUGGAUAGCAAGACAUCGUCGGUGCAGAAGGGAGAAACUUUAGAAGAUACUGUGAAAAUCCUUGGAUCCUAUGGUGACAUUGUUGUUCUUAGAAGCAAUGAGCGUGGAUGUGCUGAACGCGCCGCGCGCGUGUGCUCUCAGCCGGUCAUUAAUGCCGGCGAUGGAACCGGAGAGCAUCCGACGCAAGCGCUUCUCGAUGUCUACACGAUCCGACAGGAAAUGGGAUCGGUGAACGGAUUGACGAUUGCGUUGGUUGGAGACUUGAAAAACGGAAGAACUGUGCACUCAUUGGCGAAGCUAUUGUGCCUUUAUAAGGAUAUCACCCUUCAUUAUAUCGCACCGUGUGAGGAAUUGGAAAUGCCAAAGGAUAUUGUUGAUUAUGUUGAAGCCAAUAGCACAUUUGUUCAGCGGAAAUUCUCGAAUUUGGCCGACGGCAUUAAACAUGUUGAUGUUGUGUAUGUGACGCGAAUCCAGAAGGAGCGCUUCGCGUCGCCGGACGCUUAUGAGAAGGUCAAGGGCAGCUAUGUGAUCAACGCGAAACUGUUGAACGAGGCCGCCAAAGAGGAGGAACUACAGCAGAACAUUCUGGUGCCGAGCCGCAACUUGCCGAUCGUCAUGCAUCCGUUGCCGCGCGUUGAUGAGAUCGCCGCCGAACUCGAUCAUGAUGAUCGCGCCGCGUAUUUCCGGCAAGCGCGCAACGGCAUGUUCGUCCGAAUGGCGAUUCUUUCGCUUUUACUUGGCAAAGGACACUUGUAG